AUGAUGCGCCUGGCUCUCCUCCUAACCGCGGCGGCCUCGCUCGCGUCGGCCAACAUCAACUUCACAUGGGUUCAGCCAACUUGCAGCCCCACCGACACCUACAACAAAUGUCUCCGCGGCCAGCACUGCGUCGACACAAAAUGCUAUGCCGACGUCGCGAUGCCGCCCGACCACAACUGGAAUCAUGAGGCACUGGAGAAGAGGGAGUACAUGGCGGCCGGCUUCAGGCUGGCGCCGGCACACGCGAAGUAUCGCCUCGGCAAGAGACAGGGCGUCGUCACCACCGACGGCUCUUGCGGAACCCAACACGGCGGCAAGGUUUGUGGCAACUGGGCCAGUGGUUCUUGUGAGUCGGAUGCUCUUUGGGGACCUUUUGGUCGUUUGGUGGCAAAGUACGGCUGGCUAAGUAGAUUGUUAGGCUGUUCCAGGUAUGGAUAUUGCGGAAAGACCAAUGCCUACUGCGGUGAUGGCUGCCAGAGCGGGCCCUGCCUCUCCAAGUCUUCUACCACUUCCAGGUCUUCGACCAGCUCCAGGUCUUCUACUUCUUCGAGCUCUUCGGCCCAGGCCACGUCUUCCAGCCUCUCGGUCCGCACUACGUCUUCGAGCUCAACCGCCUCCUCGAGGGCUUCCAGCACCGUCAGCACCGUCUCGGCUGUGCAGACGGGCGUGGAGUCAAAGGAUGGAAGCUGCGGCAGGCAGUUCGGCAACACCAUCUGCGGCAGCUGGAAGGACGGCAACUGUUGCUCUGCAUGGGGCUACUGUGGCAGAACAGCAGUUUACUGCGGCGACGGCUGUCAGAGCGGCGAUUGUCUGAAAGCCCAGUCCGCCUCGUCCUCGGUCGGCACGUCGACUUUGUCGACAUCCACUCAUUCUUCUUCGUCAGCUUCGUCCAACUCGUUGGCUGGCACUUCAUCCUCAACUGGUACUUCAUCGGCAACUUCGUCCAGCUCUUCGUCCUCGUCGUCGUUGUCGUCGUCUACAUCUGCGGCCAACCAGCCUGGCAACACAGAAGUCCCAGUACCUCAAAAGGUGACUGUCAACGGAAGAUGUGGUGCCGCGUUCGACGGGACUGUCUGUGGCAACUGGCCGCAGGGCAGCUGCUGCUCCCCCUAUGGGUACUGCGGAAAUUCGGCUGCUCACUGCGGUGAUGGCUGCCAAAGUGGAAACUGCCUCAAUCCACCUGCUGGACAAAGCUCGUCUAUGGUCAACACCGUCAGUGUCACUGCCGCGACCAGCGGCACUUCUACAAGCAGCAGUAUUUCUACCAGCAGCAGCACAUCGUCUGGCAGCAGUACGUCGCCUAGCAGCGCUUCAUCUUCAAGUAAUGCCUCUCCUCCCACAAGUGGCACUUCUAUCAGCAGUGGUACCUCUACUAGCAGCGGUACUUCUACUGUCGGUGCCGCUUCAAUUGCCAGUGGUACUUCCACCAGCAGUGGUACUUCCACCAGCAGUGGUACUUCCACCAGCAGUGGUACUUCCACCAGCAGUGGUACCUCUACUAGCAGCGGUGCUUCUACUGUUGGUGCCGCUUCAAUUGCCAGUGGUACUUCUACUAGCAGCGGCAUUUCUAGCAGUAGUGGCACUUCCACCAGCAGUGGCACUUCCACCAGCAGCGCAGCUUCUACUCCAGUCGUCAAAGUAACUGUUGAUGGCUCCUGUGGCAAGCAGAAUGGCGGUACUAUUUGUGGUAAUUGGAAGGAUGGAAGCUGCUGUUCCGUAUACGGAUACUGCGGCUCUGACGCGGCAUACUGCGGUGAUGGCUGUCAGAGUGGAAACUGCAUUAACCCGCCUGUUGCGUCUUCUUCAUUGGUAUCCAGCAGCGUUAGCGUCGCCAGCGCUGGUAGCACCAGUAGCACUGGUAUUUCUAUUCAAUCCAUGAACACUACCAGCACAAGCAUCUCUGCUUCAUCGUCGACAUCCAUGAGCAGCUCCCAGGCUACUACAUUGGUGACCUCGACUUCAUCCACCUCAUCUCAAACUUCCAGCAGUAGCACCAGCAGCACCGUCUCAUCCACACCGUCUCCUACCCUGCGGGUCACCAAAGACGGUUCGUGCGGUGCUCAGUACGGCAAUACAAUCUGUGGAAACUGGCCUGACGGCAACUGCUGCUCCAUGUAUGGAUAUUGCGGUCGCCAAACGGCCCAUUGUGGAGACGGUUGCCAGAGCGGUAACUGCACAGGACCUCCUAGAGCCCCCGGACCCAAGCCUGCGCCUGCGAAUCCCAAUCCUGGUUCGUUUGCAGUCGUAGGUCAGUCAGGUGUUCCUGCUAUGCAUGCUGGUCUGCUGCCCAACGGGAAGGUCUUCUUCUUGGACAAGGUGGAGACUUUUACCCAGCUAAAGCUGCCAAACGACGACUGGGCCUACUCUUCCGAGUACGAUCCCGAGACAAACACGGCCGUGCCGCUGUCCUACAAGACCAAUGCCUUCUGCUCUGGUGGUGCGCCUCUCGCCGAUGGUCGCUUCAUAUCGAUUGGUGGCAACGCGCCGCUGUCUUGGCUGGCAGCGGACGUAGGUGAUGGUUUCCAUGGCAUUCGCUACCUGAACCGCCAGUUGCACAACUCGUCAAUGGACGGCCAAGGCUGGGACGAGCCGGGGAACCAGUUGUCAUCUCCUCGCUGGUACCCCAGCGCCCAGACCCUGGGCGACGGUCGGGUCUUUGUCGCUUCCGGCAGCUUGAACGGUCUUGCUCCGGAGAACAGGGUCAACAACAACCCAACGUACGAGAUGCUUGAUCGUAACGGAGUCUCGUCUGGUCAGUCGAUCAACAUGGACAUCCUUGUCAAGGCUCAGCCCUACUACAUGUACCCGUUCAUUCAUCUCAUGAAUGAUGGCAAUCUAUUCGUUUUUGUCGCCAAGACGUCGCAAAUCUUCAAUGUCGGAAACGGUGUCGACACGGGCACCAUCGUCAAGGAGCUGCCAGAGCUGUCGGGCGACUAUCGCACGUACCCCAACACAGGCGGCUCCGUCAUGCUGCCACUUUCCAAGGCCAACGGCUACGCGCCCGACAUCUUGAUCUGCGGAGGCGGUCCUUACCAGGACGUUACCGCACCGACUGAGGCGUCGUGCGGCCGCAUCAAGCCAAUGGACCCGAACCCCCAAUGGGAGCUCGACUCCAUGCCCGACGGCCGUGUCAUGGUUGAGGGUGUGCUCAUGCUUGAUGGCACCGUGUUCCUGGUCAACGGCGCUCACCAGGGAGCCCAGGGUUUUGGCGUGGCCGACAAGCCCGCCUUCACCUCGCUCAUCUACGACCCCGCGCAGCCCCUGGGCAAGCGUUUCACGACUGCUGCGACGACCACCAUCCCGCGCAUGUACCACUCGGUGGCGCUGAUGCUCGAGGACGGUACGAUCCUCGUCACGGGCAGCAACCCAGUCGAGCAGCCGAUCCUGGAGGUGAGCAAGGAGACGCCAUACGCGACCGAGUUCCGCGUCGAGCGCUACACGCCGCCCUACCUGAGCAACGGGAGGCAGUACCUGAGGCCGCUCAACAUGACGCUGUCCGGCACCACCAUGAAACCCGGCCCCGAGGGCAGCAGCACCCUCAACGUGCGCUUCGGCCUCCCCAGCAAGACAGUCAAGGACGUCAAGAUUGCGCUGUACAACAACGGCUACGUCACCCACAGCGUGCACAUGGGGCACCGCAUGGCGUACCUUGAGCACACUGGCUUCACCCCUGGCAUGACGGCUCAGAACCUCGUCGCCCAGGCCCCGCCGUCCAACAACGUCACGCCCCCGGGCUAUUACAUCCUCUUUGUGAUCGCCGAUGGUGUGCCGAGCGUCGGCCAGCAGAUUCUGAUCCAAUAG